AUGCGAUGCGCGAGCAAGGCCGCCGAGAGCGCGUCCGCACGUCUCUGUGCGGACGCCGAAGCAGAAACCACAGCAACUGAUGUCUCAUCGGUUGCUGAAGCGACUCAGCCUGUGUCACUUGGUGAUGCAGGCGCUGGUCACGAAGACACUCAUGUCUUCACAGAGUAUGAGCUCGGUGUCUCAUACUCUCCUGAUACGGAAGACGGAUCCGUAUCGACGGCGAUCGAAUCCAAGCCGCCUGCCAAGCGUGGCAUGGAUGAUGCUAUGCGUCGUAGCAUCUUUGGUUCAUCUGAUGAAUCAGAUGAACAAUCGCCGAAGCGAAGGCGCUCGAGGCCGCGAGACUCGGGCGCUAACAGUGGUGUCGGUUCUCCUUUGGACACCACUUCGCAACGAGGUGCCAGUCCUUCUGUCGGCACGUCGCAGGAAGAUCGGGACCGCAAUGUCUUGCGUCUCGCUCCCGAGAAGAAGGCAUGGAUGCCUCCUAAAUCUGUCAUGGAUCACUUGUCGGCGACGACGAGUGAUCGUUAUCGAACACGGUUGUUCGAUUCGUCAAGGAUCCAUCACCUUGACCCCCAGCGCGAAAGACUAUCGCGCUGA